GGUUGUGUGGACUUUUCUUGUCUACUUUGUGUAUGUUUCUCUCUGUAAGGAUAAAACGUCUAGGGUGACGCUUAAGUGGACGUCACCCUAUACGUUUUAUCCCAACCGGGAGUCGAACAAUAAAGAAUACAAAAGUAAUACACAUGCAGUAGGUGAUGCAUUUAUGAGUAUAGUGCAAGAAACCGGGAUGUAUAUAUUUCCCGGAACGCAAUAGAUUGUUAAACAUCUCUGCUAUUAACUCUUCAAAGGGAAAGACCGGAGAAAAUGAGUUCAGGCGAAGCGACGGGAAAGAACUGCCACGGAUGGGCGGCGAGAGACGACUCCGGAUUUCUCUCUCCUUACGAGUUCGAUCGCAGAGCGGUUGGAAGCGAGGAUGUCUCGGUGAAAAUUACUCAUUGUGGCAUUUGCUAUGCGGAUGUAGCGUACACUCGCAACAAAUUAAAGCACUCGGGAUAUCCCUUGGUCCCAGGAUAUAUGUUCAGGCAUGAGAUCGUGGGGAUCGUAACGGAAGUGGGUGGUAACGUUGGCAAGUUCAAGAUCGGAGACCAUGUGGGUGUCGGAACUUAUGUCGACUCAUGCAGAGAUUGCGAGAACUGUCAUGGUGGACUUGAAAUACAUUGUUCGAAAGGUGUUGUUUCUACAAUCGGUGGCACUUAUGAAGAUGGCAGCACUUGCAAGGGAGGAUACUCCCAGUUCAUAGUUGUUCACGAGAGGUAUUGCUACAAGAUACCUGACAAGUAUCCAUUAGCUCAAGCAGCACCGCUAUUGUGUGCUGGAAUCACAGUCUACACUCCGAUGAUCCGCCACAACAUGAAUCAGCCUGGAAAAUCAUUAGGAGUGAUUGGACUUGGUGGGCUCGGUCACAUGGCUGUGAAGUUCGCCAAGGCUUUUGGAUUGAACGUCACUGUUUUCAGCACAAGCAUUUCCAAGAAAGACGAUGCCUUGAAUCUGUUGAAAGCAGACAAGUUCGUGCUCUCGUCCGACACAGAACAAAUGAGCGCUCUGUCGAAAUCUCUAGACUUCAUAAUCGACACAGCAUCAGGAGAGCACCCAUUGGAUCUGUACAUGUCAUCGCUCAAGACAGGAGGAGUUUUGGCUUUGGUGGGCUUUCCAGGCGAGGAAUUGAAACUUAGUCCACUGAGUCUUCUCAUGGGAAUGAGGAGUAUUUCCGGAAGCGCAGUCGGCGGUACAAAGCGAACACAGGAGAUGCUCGAGUUUUGCGCCGAACAUGAGAUACAUCCAGAGAUUGAAGUAAUUCCUAUUCAGUAUGCGAAUGAAGCUCUUGAGAGGCUUCAAAAGAAUGACGUGAAGUACCGUUUUGUGAUAGACAUAAAGAACUCCUUAGAGUGAAUCCACUGACGAAGGAACUCCUAGAAGAUAUUGCGUGUUUAUUCUAUAAGAACUUCAACUUUAUGUUAGUGUCAACGACUCUCUUUAUGGAAUACAAUAAAUUAACGCAACAAUAAGAGGAAGGUAUGUUCUUCCUCCUUUUGAA